GAAACACCAUUUGUUCAGACUGUCGGCAUUUAGGAUGGGACAAGUUAUGAAAGUAGACAACAAACAAGAUGACAGAAGUGAAGACAGCCGGGGUCAUUUUCCUUUGUGUUUCACUGCUUCACGGUUUUGUUGCAACAUUGAACUGCACCAGCCCAACUCCUAAGGCCUUGUUUGAUGCACUUGAGGCUGAAUUAUUUCCAAGAAAACUAUUUCGACCUGUAGGAAACUUUACAGAUGUGCUGGAAGUAUCCAUCGAACUGACUUUGGUGGGGAUUUUAGGAGUGAAUGAAAAAGAGCAGUCCUUAACAAUAUUCAUAUGGCAAAUCCUGGAGUGGCAUAUAGCGGGACUGAGCUGGGAUGAGAGGGAAUGUGGAACGGAAAAAGUCUCUGUCGUUCGAGAGCAGCUUUGGGUCCCAGACAUUCUCAUCAAAGAGUUCAUGGAUGAGGACAAAUCUCCCAAAACCCCAUAUGUCUACUUAUACAACACAGGUCAUGUUUAUGAUGAUAGGCCGGUCAGAGUGAUCGCCACCUGCAAAUUAGUAAUCUACACUUUCCCCUUUGAUAUCCAAAACUGCUCGCUGACCUUUGAAUCAUUACUGCAUGUAGCUGAAGACAUAAGGAUUAUUAAAACAGGCACAUCUGCAGAGAUACUGGAGGAGUCCAGAGAUGUGAUGCAGACCAGAGGAGAGUGGGAGCUUGUGGAUAUCAAAUCAUCUGAAUCUUACAUUGAAACAGGUCAUGGGAACUUCUCUGAGAUCAAAUACUAUAUCAUUUUGAGACGUAGGCCAAUCCUUUAUGUGGUGAAUCUCCUGAUCCCCAGCUGCUUCCUCAUCACAUUGGACCUCUUCAGCUUCCUGCUGCCUCCCGAAAGUGUGGAUCGGUCCUCCUUUAAGAUGACUCUCAUCCUGGGCUACACCGUUUUCCUGCUCAUCAUGAAUGACCUGCUGCCUGUCACUGGAAAUACAACACCUCUAAUAAAUGUUUUAUUCUCAGUCAGUCUGGCUCUGAUGGUGGCCAGCCUGUUGGAGACAGUGUUUAUCACCAACAUCCAGUUCAGCUCCAGCAAGUACAGAAAGGUGCCUCACUGGCUCAGUGUCCUUGUGCUACGAUAUCUAGCUGUCAUUGUUUUUCUCCCUCCAAAAAAGAAGAGCAACCGCAUCACAGUCUCCCUUCACCCACCUGCUACAGCAAUGAGUCCCAGCAUCAUCUCUUCAGGAGAUCUUCAGAGCGUCUCUGGUGAUACACCUCAUGAGAAACCCCCUCUGGAUCCAGCCCUGGAUGAACUGAGGAAGCUGAGCAGAGAUCUCAUGGCCAUCCGCCUCCAGAUAGACAAUCAGGCCCAGGGGAGCAAUACCUCAGAGGAAUGGCAAAUGAUCGGAUUAGUCAUUGACCGUCUGCUUUUUGGCCUGUACAUUGUCUUCAUCACUAUCCUUUUUAUCAUCAUCAUAGCCAUCUGGAUCAGGAGUAACAUACACAUAGGUUAACUUGAUGGAAGAGUUAAGUCACAUAGGUAUAUUGAUCAUCAGCAAAAGUUUGACCAGUUAGCAGCUUACACUUAGAAAGACAAAAUGAAAUCAAUAAUAACAUUUAUUUCUUGUUUUUUGUUUUUUUAUUCAGUAGUUCGAGUAGAAGAUUCAGAAUCUGAGUUAUUUGAUGCAUGAAAACAAAAUAAAUGCAGAAAAUGUCCAGUAUGUAUAGAGGGAAUGAUUACAGCAGGCUUAGCUUAUUUUAACGUUUACAUGGAUACCAACUAUUUUUUUACAGCAGACCAAGGGCAGAAAAAUGUGAAUCUGUCCUUUAACCAACAUUUAUUGUCUUCAUCAAUCUGAGAUCAGUGGUUGAGUCCAAGUUAAAGUUUCUGUACAAUUAAUUAGAAACUGCUCACAAGGUUAAAUAGCACUACGAGGGGUGAACUGUCCCCUUAAACAAUUAGAUCCUGUCAGAACUACUUACCAACAAGCAUAUCUCAAGACACCCUAAGGUCCUCUAAUCUUUAUGAACGGACAACCCAAACACAUCGUGCCUCCGACCACAGCUAUUGAAGGAAUAUAAACAGCUACAGUCACUGUUAUGAUCAUUAGUCCCAUUGUGGGCCAACAAACAACACAAGAUUUACUGUACAUUAAAUCUUUCACAAACUAUUUAGGCUAUGGAGAUUCUAACCCUCCCCCCACCUCUCAGGUAAACCUGCUGAGCAUCUCUGAUUGGCUGAGUGAAUGAUUGUGUGAAUCAUCAUUCUCCUGUUUUGAGUUUUAGGUAAGAGAGUUGUCAUGUUAAGUAGGAAAUGUGAGAAGAUAAGUUUAGUUACAUUUUGCUUUGCCUGAAGCCAAAUUGUCCCUUUGAAUACUUUGUAAUAAAUAAAAACUUUAUUUGUUGUUGCUGGUGGUUCUUGAAUCUGGGAAGAUGGGAGUGUCCAUUUCAUGUUGCCUCAGGGCCCGGGCCUAACAGAAGGAAGUAGAGUGACUAGUUCAUCAUAAGUCACUGCUAUUUCUAACUUUUUCACUUCACUUUGAAUGGACACAGCUUCUCAGUCAGAUCCACCCCCAAGUACUCCACAGUGGCAGCCUCUCACCCAAAUAUGGUCACUUCUGGUUUCAAAAAAGCAAGAUGGUGAACUCAAGGCUUCAAAACGGGUGUCCACAAUCCACUUGGUGACAUCACAGUGGCUUCGUCCAUGAUUUUAUGCAGUCUAUGUUGAGACCACGAUGAUCCCCAAAAAAGCCCUUGAAAUCCUGGAGGGACUGCUGUACACAUGUUCUCAUACUCCUUGUGAUUUAUUGAUAAACAGGGAGGAAACAGAAAGAAUGACUGAAAUCUUUUAUUUGAAAGUAACAUGUUACAUCACACCUUCGCACUACAUCCUCUCCCCCUAUUUCAAUGUGCAACAAAUAUUUGCAUGUUUCAACAAACCAUUUUACCACGAUAACAAAUAUUUGCUUUUACCCAUGGGAAAUCUCCUGUUCAUGUCUUUAACAAACUUUUUCUUUUUGCUUUUUUCCCUAAGUAAGACAAGUCCAGGCCUGUACCGCUCAGACAUAUGCAGCACAAAGACAAGAAAGAGACAUAAACAGUCUUGUUUGUGUGUUAUUAUUUUUAAAUAGAUUACAUUCAGAUAAAUGAGUGAAUAUGGGUGCAGAGCAGAUUAACAAAGUACUUGAUUAGGCUCAUCAUAUGCUGAGGUGUGUGUUAACAAUGUUUGAAAACUGACAUCAGAUAUUUACAGACAUCCUUGCUUGAUUCGUUUAUGGUCAACACUGCAACACUGUUGUUUUGACAAACAAGACAUGCAUACAAAUUACUCAGAUGGACAAGCUGUAAGUUGAGUUGAGCCAAUCAGAAACAAGAAACACCAUUCCCUAAGACUGUCCAGUUGUACCCUGUAAAUCGCAGGGACAAGUUAUGAAAGUGAGGCACUGACAAUAGCACUGUCACAAACAAGAUGAAAGAAGUAAAGAUAGCCUGGCUCCUUUGCAUCAGUUUUUCACUGCUUUACGCUAAGAAAAAAAUAAUUUACUCUAACAAAUUAGCAACACAUUUUUUUUUUUUUUAAAAAAAGCUGGUUUUCCCAUGGUAAUGCUUUAGAAACUUUCAAAAUGAUUUGUCAAAAAUAAACACAGAAAACUAAACACCAAGUAAACUCAAAUAUGAUGAAAUGUUUGUAUCUUUUAUCACUUUAUCUCCAUAUAUGUGUUUUAUAACAGUUUUGUGGCACAUUGAUGAAUACUGUCAGAAGAUGUUUAUGAAC